AUGGCAGACAAGGACGAGAAAACCAACAUCACGGCGCCCGACCCACAGGCCGCCGCUGUUGAGCCCAUCACUCCCAGGGACCCGGAAGACGCAACAUUCGCCAUUGACAUCGACCAUGCAGAUGAGAAGGAUGAGGGUUUCGAAUCCGAUGAGAAGAGGGUCAGACCCGAGUUGAAGGCAACCAAGAGUCAUGCCACUGAUACCAGCGUCGCCACCACUGCUGCGACACGUCGUCAACCAGAGAGCAAGCCGUGGUACAAGACGCCAAACCCCUUGAAAUGGGGCGGCAUCCCACCCGUGCCCGAAGAGAAGAUCGUGUCUCGGGAGUAUAAGGCUGGAUUCUUUAGCCUGCUGACCUUUCAAUGGAUGGCCCCUCUGAUGAGUGCUGGAUACAAGCGACAGCUGGAGCCAAACGAUAUCUGGGCUGUCAACCCAGACAGAGCCGCAGAUGUCAUGACAGAUAGACUGAAGGCUGCCUUCAAGAAGCGUGUCGAUAGAGGAGACAAAUACCCUCUGCUCUGGGCAUUGCACGAGACUUACCGUUUCGAGUUCUGGCUCGGCGGCAUGCUCCAGCUCAUGUCUACCGUCUUUCAGGUCAUGUCCCCCUUCACCCUGCGCUACCUCAUUCAGUUCGCAAACGACGCAUAUGAUGCUUCGCAACAAGGUACGCCGCCUCCAGCUAUUGGCAGGGGAAUCGGCCUAGUUCUUGGUGUCACCUUUAUGCAAAUCUUCCAGAGUUUGGGUACAAACCAUUUCAUCUACCGCGGCAUGAUGAUUGGAGGUCAGUCGAGAGCCGUCCUCAUCAGCGUCAUCUUCGAAAAAGCCAUGUCUCUGUCCGGCCGUGCCAAGGCCGGUGGCAUCAAGGAGCCAGCCAACGGCCCGCCAGUGGAUGAGAAGGGAAAGAAAAAAGACAAGAAGAAAGGCGAAGCCUCCAAAGGCCCGGGUAUCUCGGGAGAUGGAACCGGCUGGGGUAACGGUCGGAUUGUCAACCUCAUGAGCGUCGACACGUACCGUAUCGACCAGGCCUCUGCUCUGUUCCACUUGACAUGGACUGCCCCGAUAUCUUGUGUCAUCACGCUCGUCGUAUUGCUGAUCAACUUGAGCUACAGUGCUCUUGCCGGUUUCGCUCUCUUGGUCGCAGGAAUCCCGUUGCUGACGAGGGCUAUCAGGAGCUUGUUCAAGCGGAGAAAAGCCAUCAACAAGGUCACGGAUCAGCGGGUGAGCUUGACCCAAGAGAUUCUACAGUCAGUUCGCUUCGUAAAGUACUUUGGUUGGGAGAGCGCGUUCCUCGAACGCCUGAAAGAAAUCCGAAGACGCGAAAUCCACGCUAUUCAGAUCUUGCUGGCAAUCCGAAACGCCAUCAACGCCGUCAGUCUGUCGCUGCCCAUCUUCGCAUCCAUGCUGUCUUUCGUCACGUACUCGAAGACGAACAACGCGCUGAAUCCAGCCCAAGUCUUCUCGUCCCUGGCAUUGUUCAACGGCCUUCGAAUCCCACUCAACUUGCUUCCUCUGGUUCUCGGUCAGGUAGUCGAUGCUUGGUCAUCCCUGAAGCGCAUCCAAGACUUCUUGUUGGCUGAGGAGCAGGAGGAGGAUGUGGUUUUCAAGCCCGACGGAGAGAAUGCCUUGGAGAUGUCAAAUGCUAGCUUCACCUGGGAACGGACGGCAACACAGGAAUCUGAAAAGCCUGUGACUGGGGUCAAGAAGGGUGCUGCUCAGCCCCCAGCGACAUCAAAGACCGCCCCCAAGUCUGAUGAGCCGUCGGCUUCUUCUGGAGACAGUACUGGCGAUGGAGCGAGCACGCUUGUUGACGAGGAGCGGGAGCCCUUUAAGCUGCAGGACCUCAACUUCCAGAUCAAGAGAGAUGAGCUCGUGGCCGUCAUCGGCACGGUCGGUAGCGGUAAGACCUCAUUACUGGCUGCACUGGCGGGUGACAUGAGAAAAACAUCUGGUGAGGUUGUUCUCGGUGCUUCUCGGGCAUUUUGCCCACAGUAUGCCUGGAUCCAGAACGCCACCGUCCGCGACAACAUUCUCUUCGGCAAGGACAUGGAUAAGGCAUGGUACCAAGAGGUUAUCAAUGCCUGUGCCCUCCGGCCUGAUCUUGCUAUGCUGCCGAACGGAGACUUGACUGAGAUUGGCGAACGCGGUAUCACCAUUUCUGGUGGUCAGAAGCAACGCUUGAACAUCGCUAGAGCCAUCUACUUCGACUCCGACGUCGUGCUUAUGGAUGACCCGUUGAGUGCUGUUGACGCUCAUGUCGGACGCCACAUCUUCGAUAACGCCAUCCUCGGCUUGCUGAAAGGCAAAUGCAGAGUACUGGCGACUCAUCAACUUUGGGUCCUCAACCGGUGCGACAGAAUCAUUUGGAUGGAGGGAGGCAAGAUCCAGGCUGUUGACACCUUUGACAACCUGAUGAGAGAUCAUCGCGGCUUCCAGCACCUGUUAGAAACGACUGCACAAGAAGAAGAAAAGGACGAGACCGCCCCGACCAACCUGGCCGAGGCACCCCAAGGUGACAAGAAGAAGAACAAAAAGGGCGCGGCUCUCAUGCAACAAGAGGAGCGUGCUAUUGCGAGCGUUCCCUGGAAGGUAUACGGAGACUAUAUCCGGGCUUCCGGAUCGAUUCUGAACGCGCCCUUCCUGAUCUUCCUCCUGCUUUUGUCUCAGGGAGCAAACAUCAUGACCAGUCUCUGGCUUUCGUACUGGACAAGCAAGCGCUACCCGUUGUCCGAUGCGCAGUACAUUGGUAUCUAUGCCGGUUUAGGUGCUCUUCAGGCGGUCCUCAUGUUCGUCUUCUCGCUGCUGCUAUCCAUCUUGGGCACCAAGUCCAGUAAGGUCAUGCUUCGGCAGGCGGUGACCAGAGUCCUCCGCGCGCCAAUGUCCUUCUUCGACACCACUCCCCUUGGCCGAAUCACAAACCGAUUCUCGAGAGAUGUCGACGUGAUGGACAACAACCUGACUGACGCCAUGAGAAUGUACUUCUUCACGUUGGCCAUGAUUCUGUCCGUCUUUGCUCUCAUCAUCGCAUUCUUCCACUACUUCGCCAUCGCCCUCGGACCAUUGUUUGUCUUCUUCAUCCUCGCGUCGUCCUACUACCGCGCGUCGGCGCGCGAGGUCAAGCGAUUCGAAUCAGUCCUCAGAUCGACCGUGUUCGCCAAGUUCGGCGAAGGGUUGAGCGGUGUCGCCAGCAUCCGAGCCUACGGGCUUAAGGAUCAUUUCAUCGGCGACCUGAGAAAAGCCAUUGAUGAGAUGAACGCCGCAUACUACCUCACGUUCUCGAACCAGCGCUGGCUUUCGACGCGUCUCGACCUGAUCGGCAACCUGUUGGUCUUCACCACCGGUAUCCUCGUGGUGACCUCGCGAUUCAGCGUGUCGCCUAGCAUUGGAGGCCUGGUUCUCAGUUACAUCCUCGGUAUUGUGCAGAUGAUCCAGUUCACUGUGCGCCAGCUUGCUGAAGUCGAAAACGGCAUGAACGCCGUCGAGCGGAUCCAGUACUACGGCACCCAGCUCGAAGAGGAGGCACCUCUGCACACCAUUGAGGUCCGGCCUUCGUGGCCGGAAAAGGGCGAGAUCAUCUUCGACAACGUCGAGAUGCGGUACCGCGCCAACUUGCCCCUCGUGCUUUCCGGUCUGUCCAUGCAUGUGAGAGGAGGCGAGCGUAUCGGUAUCGUGGGCCGAACCGGUGCAGGCAAGUCAUCCAUCAUGUCCACUCUCUUCCGACUCGUUGAGCUGUCCGGAGGUCAUAUCACCAUUGAUGGUGUCGACAUCUCGACGAUCGGUCUGCAUGAUCUGCGAUCUCGCUUGGCCAUCAUUCCCCAGGACCCUACGCUCUUCAAGGGUACUGUCCGGUCCAACCUUGACCCGUUCAGCGAGCACACCGACUUGGAGCUGUGGUCUGCCUUGCGGCAGGCCGAUCUCGUCCCAGCGGACGCCAACCUGGAGGACCCAAGGUCCAAGGAGUCGUCCGUCAUCCACCUUGACUCGGCCGUCGAGGAGGACGGUCUCAACUUCUCCCUCGGACAACGACAGCUCAUGGCUCUGGCACGCGCGCUUGUUCGCGGCAGCCGCAUCAUUGUUUGCGACGAAGCCACGUCCUCGGUCGACAUGGAGACGGACGACAAGAUCCAGAAUACCAUCGCGACGAGCUUCAAGGGUAGGACGCUGCUGUGCAUCGCCCAUCGGCUGCGCACCAUCAUCGGCUACGAUCGCAUCUGCGUCAUGGAUGCGGGCCGGAUUGCGGAGCUGGACACGCCUCUUGCGUUGUGGCAGCGAGAGGGGGGUAUCUUUAGGAGCAUGUGCGACCGCAGCGGCAUCAGACUUGAGGACAUCCGCGGCGCGAGCGAGGGCACGACGUUGGAGGUUGAGGGAGGCCAGUCCAACCAGGACGGCCUGUGA